AUGACUAAAACGAUAUAUCUUUUUGACGUGGACGGGACACUGACCCAUGGGUUUUCACCCAUUGGAUCUGAACUAAUUGAUUGUCUAAAACAAUUAAAAUUUAAAGGCUAUAAUUUGGGAUUUGUCUCUGGUUCAAAUUUUACACGUAUAACUAAUCAAAUAGGUCAUCUUUUUGAGCUAUUUAAUUACAUGUUUCCAGAAAAUGGCGUGAUUUCUUACAAAGAUGGUCAACUUUUUCACAAAAAACAUAUUUCGGAACAAUUGCCAGAGAGUAUCUUGACUUCCAUAAUUGAUUACUCAUUGAAGUACAUAUCUGAACUAAAAUUGCCUGUUAAAAGAGGGAAUUUCAUUGAUUAUCGUACGGCAAUAAUAAAUAUAUGCCCCUGUGGCAGAACGGUGGACUUCGACCAGCGGCAAUUAUUCAAAGCAUAUGAUCUGGAACAUGGAAUUAGGAAGGAUCUACAACAGAAGUUGAUUGAAAAAUUUGGUAAACAUGGUCUCGAAUUUUCCAUAGGGGGUGAAAUAUCAAUUGACUGCUAUCCAACCGGCUGGGAUAAGAGAUAUUGUUUAAAAUUCCUACAGGAGUUUGAUCAAAUCCACUUCUUCGGUGAUAGCACUUUUCAAGGUGGCAACGAUUACACAAUAUACAAUGACCAACGUGUUAUCGGACACUCAGUUACUUGCGUCAAUGAUACUGUAAAAAUUCUUAAAGAAUUGUUGACGCAGCUAGAUGAUUCAUCACAACUCCAAUAA